CGGAACCUUAAAUCCCAGGCGGAACAGACAAAACAACGCAAUUGGAUCACCUCAAAAAAUAACAACCUCCCACAACACAUAAUGGCAGGACUAGUAAAUUACGGAAGCAGCGAUGAGGAGGAAGAGUCUGAUAUUAGGACAAAUGGCCAUGUCGCAGAAGUAAGUUACAAAAAUGUUCACCUUAUUGCGGCCAAAACAAUUCACUGACAGCCCAGGUAUAGGUAUCAUCUAUCCCGGGUUCCAAUGGAGGAACUGCCAUAAACACCGGUAUGCAAUCCUUGUCUGUAGCCGAUAACCUCUUCUGGUAUCUAAUCUGAAUUAGGAGUACAGCAGAAUGGCGAUUUAUUGAAGAGCCCUACCACUCUUCAUAUUGAUACGCCCAAACCAGACGAGGCAGCUGGCCCUAUCCUAGGUCCAACCAUUCCAGCGAGCGAUGCAGAUAUGGAAGGCCUCUUGGAAGACGACCAAGAAGUACAAGGAGUACCACAGUCUCCAUAUUCUGCCAACCAUGCUCUGUUGCGAGAUCUCACGUUGCCAACGAUACCAAAUUACGAUAUUCCUGCCUCACCUCCAGGAUCUCCCGUAGCCAGUACGAAUAAAAAGUUCAAGCAUUUCCUAGAGUUAAAGAAAAAGGGCGUUCAUUUCAACGAAAAACUUGCAAAAUCAUCCGCGCUCAAGAAUCCAGCUUUGAUGCAAAAGUUGAUGGAUUUCGCAGAGAUCGACGAAGCUGGCCAAUACUCGACCACGCUUGCCAAGGACUGCUGGGACCCAAACGAAUUUCCGAAUUAUGCUUUCAAGAAAGAGCUAGGAAAGAGUCAAAAGGCGAUACUCAAGCGCAAAGAAGACGAAAAAGCACGAGGGCAAAGAGAAGCUGUGGAUUUUGUCCCAGCCUCUGGAGAUAGUACGAAUCGGAGUGCAACGCCCUCUGUCGGGGGAAAGGGAGCACCCAAAAGUACCGCUGAAAGAAUCAUGGCUGGGCUCGAGUCUGAUAGAGGACGCUCGAAUUCCCCACAAGUUCAUGGAAUCAAGAGGAAGAGUAGAUUCGAUAGUUGAUUUGAGGCACAAGUGUUCUUGAAUCAAGCUUUAUAGCUCAGGGUUUUGAUAAAUCAGUUAUCGUUUGAGCAGCAGGCAUUUGGAGAAGCAAAAAUGGCAGGCAAAUCGGGGGGUUGGGCUAAGGAUUGAUUGCUGCUCAACGAGUUCAAGAAACCAGAGAAGAACAUGUUCCAGGCCCCAUGAUGCCCCUCCAAAGAAGAUACAGACGAUAGACCUUGCUCUAUCUCGUCUCUCGGUCACGCAGGUCCCUUCCAUAUUCUCGAGACUUGAGGCUCUCAUGGGGUGCAGUCAGGUGCUUUGGUCACGAGCUAGACGGAUUGCUAACGUUCUGUCUGAGCCACACUGGAUCAUGGUUUGCAGUGGAAAUUUGCAUGUUAAAUCAGCUGAGGUAGUGGUACGAAAGUUGGUAAUGUCUUAUUUCUAACGAUGGAGAUAAGGAGAGUUGCGCAUUAAAGGACGCUUGCGUUCUGGCUUGCUAGAAUAAUCAAAGCCGUUAUUCCAAAAUUUUAAGGUAUAUACGACCAUUGUUUCAAGUAUUUACGUCAAAUAUCGUCGUCAACUACUUCCAAUUCCUAUUUGGGAUAUUCGCUUGCAUUAUGCGUGAAACAUAAAAAGGGGGGCACUGGUUGAGGGACCACUGAUCGAGACCGUAAGACCUCAUAUGUGGUCAUGAAACCAUGCAGAAAGGCUUGCUUUGUGAUAGCUGGUGAUAGCUUUGAUCUGGGCGAAUAGUUCUAGUUCGAUGGGUGCCUG